AUGGAUAUCACAAAUUUUGUGGUUUCAGCUAGAAACCAGGCUCUUUUAUAUGGCGACUAUACUACUUAUCAUAAGCAGCUGGUCAAGAAGCUACACAAAUGUCGGAAGAGGUUGAAUAUUGCUACUAAGAAUCGUGGCAAGUUUACUAAGAAAGAGCUCAUCACGGCCGAAAAUCUGGCAGAGAACCACGAGUACCUUCAUCUGCAAUUGUUGACGGCCGAGCGUGCUUGGGCACAUGGCCAGAGGUUCAAGGCCGUUCACUCCACCGAUACCAAAGGCAUUACAGGCAGAACCCGCUCCCAUAUCAUAUCGAGACUUGUUAAAGGUGCCCGCGCCGCCGAACAUCUCGUACAAAUAUUAUCCGAAAGCUCUGUGACAGGCGCCAGCGACACUGACAUCUUAGAAGCACGCGCGUAUGCUUCUAUGAUACGAGGCGCCACUCAAUUCGAAAAACAGAGCUGGGAACUAUGUCUACAGAGCUAUGCGACCGCUCGCAUCAUAUACACAGCACUAGCCACAUCUAUGAAAGGGGACAUCUUUAAAGACUUGCUGUCGGAUACCAUCGACCCUUCUAUUCGAUAUGCGGCCUAUCAGACCAAAAUUUCAAGGAUCCAGACGAUACCGACAAUCGCCAGAAGGGCCUUCCCCUCUUCUGACUCUGCCUUGGUCGAGCAAAUAAAUAAAUUAGCCCCGGAUCUACUUAACAAGAGCGAUUCUGAUGCUCAAAAGGGCCAAGUCGGUGCCCCGAACGCUCCUCAAACCAUCACAUGGAGGUCCCGAGAAGUCAAGAUUGAGGAUGCAGCUAUCGCGGUCGCGCUGGCCUCGAUAGAUACAGCAACCGCACGAUUGACGGAGAAAUUGGCAUCUUCCGACGUUAUAUUACCAAAAGAGAUGGCUGCUGCGUACGAUGAAGUGCUCAUAGCCAGCCAGGAUGCCGUAGAUGCCACUAAACACGCUAUCGACGAACUCAAGGAAGAGGGCGUAUCCCAGGACGACGCUCGAAUACAAAGUCUACAGAUAACUCGUACCGCGGUUAACUACCAGGUCAUCAGCUGGAGAAUCGGUCGCAAUCGGGUCUUGAGUGGAGAGCACGACGGAGCCUUGCUAGACUCGGCUCCUACAACUACUCGGAAAUCCAAGAAAGACGCCAGCUCUCGAAAGCCUAAAAUAGAGCCACCCGGCAGGAAGAUAUCUCGGCUCAAAGACAAAGUUGUACUUUAUGAUUCUACACUGCAGAGCAUUGAGUCGAUUAAAGAAUUACCUGGCGUUGCGGCUGACAGAGACCUAUCAGAGCAAUUAAGCGCAACUGCUAAAUAUUUCCAUGCCCUCAAAUCUCUCUCUAUUGCGAGGUCGCACUCGCUGACCAACCAAUCGCGCAAUGCUUUAGUUCUCACUAAACACGCAUUUGACGAGUGUGAGCAGUCAGCUGCGUUUUUCUCCAAGCAGGAAGCUUCUUCUUCUUCUUCUGAAUCCUCGCCCCGUAACAUAGAGAUCCGACCAGCCGAUAUCCAAUUCCUUCACAACCUCUUAAAGGGGGAGCUUCAAAAAUGCCGAGCGAUUGUUGAAAUAGAUAAUCUACGGCAAAAGACGACGAAUGCGACGCCGCCAAGCGCAAGAGCUCCGCUUGUGCAACGCCUAUUCGAGUACCCAGCGGAGGGUGUCAACUUGGAAAAUCUCGUCGAGUUCCCGCCCAAGGUGAAUCCUAUUCCGGUGAAGCCUUUAUUCUUCGAUGUUGCUUGGAAUUACAUAGAUUACCCUGGAAAGGCCCCGGCUGCCGCCCCCGAGCCCGAGCAGAAGCUGGAACAGCCGGCACAGCCGCAGAAGAAAGGAUGGUUCGGCCUGCGACUGGGCUAUCCCUCACGACCGUCCAAGAUAUGGGCGAGCACCAGCGAACUACCCGUUUUCAUUACCGAGAGCCAGUCGCGGCGCACUGUCUCCCUACGUCUCUUCAUCUGGGCCCUCGUCUGCUUUACCGCCGUAGCGUUGGCGCUAGGUCUGGGUCUUGGGCUCGGUUGUGCCCGAUAUAGAGCCCUCUAUACUACACCACGAGAGCUCGAGCUAGAUACAAACUUCGCCGUUUCGAGCGAGCCUCGGGUUCGCGAGUUUGAGUUUAAUGUGUCGGUGGCGCUGGCCGCGCCGGACGGGUUCCGGAAACCGAUGGUCUUGGUUAAUGGGCAGUCUCCGGGGCCGCUGAUAGAGGCGAAUGUAGGAGAUACGAUUCGCGUUAGGGUUAAUAACCACAUGACGAAUAGCAGCACGUCGAUACACUGGCACGGCAUGAACCAGAUCGGUACACCGUGGAUGGACGGCGUCGCGGGCGUCUCGCAGUGCGGGAUCCCGGCCGGUCAGGGGUUUACGUACGAGUUCCGGGUGAUGGACCAGAGGGGCACGUUCUGGUGGCAUGCGCAUUCUUCGGUGCAGUAUAGCGACGGUGCUUAUGGGGCAAUUAUUAUACGCGAUCCGGGGGAACUGGUACCUAAGACGGACGACGAGAAGCUCCUGUUUGUGUCGGAUGUAUAUCACACCUACGGAUACGUUAUACUAACAAGCUACCUCAACUCAACGUCGAAAUGGGUCGACUGGGAAUCAGGCGUCGAGCCUCUGGCUGAUAACGUCCUGCUCAACGGGCAGAACACAUACAACUGCUCCGUUACCUCGACUACCUACACACCAUCUGCAGACCAGCCCUUCGAGAAUACCUGCACGGGCGGGCGACUCUACACAACGAAAGUACGCCGCGGAAAGACCGUACGCUUACGGCUAAUCAACGCCUCCUCGUUCCUAUCGUACUGGUUCAGCAUCGACAACCACACGAUAUCCAUCGUCGAGCUAGACGGCGUCGAAAUAGAACCUAUUUCUGCACGUGGCGUAUACUUGAACCUCGGACAGCGCGCCUCUGUGAUCCUAACCGCAGACCAAGAGCCCGGCAGCUACUACGUCCGUGCUUCGCUGCCCAAGACGUGUUUUCUGCCGUACGCGCCGUAUAAUAGUUCGGGGCUCGAGGCAGCGGGGUACGGUGCUAAGGGGAUAAUAUCGUAUUUCGAAGAUAGCGAGCAGCAGGAGGUAGGGGAUCGGGACGAGGGCCCAGUACUUGAGCCCAUUGGGGUUGCUGGAAAUACGUCGAACCCGUACGGCGUCGAGAAUAAUAUGCUCAGGGGAGACGUGUGGGAGGGAUGCGACGACAUGCCGUUCGAUAUGGCAAAGCCGAUGCGAAGGCAGCCCGCGGUGGACGUAAGCGAGGCAAAUACGCAUUAUAUCGAGUAUGCGUUCCGCCAGGCGCAGGAGAUCAAUCGUAUUUUCGUCAACAAAACAUCCUACCUACCCCUCCCCGACAACGCCACCCUCUGGAAAGCCCUAGACCAGCAAUUUACGCCCGACAGGGCAAACUCGUAUAACAGCUGGGACUUCGGACUCGACCAGCAGGUCCUACUAAUCCCAGACGCCAACCAAGGCGCUCAGAUCGUCAUCAACUCGCUCGACGCGAUGGAGCACCCCUGGCACAUGCACGGCCACACCUUCCAAAUCGUCGGCUGGGGCAAGGGUCUCUUCGGCAGCAGCAGCAGCACCAAUUCCACCACCACCUGGAACCUCGCGAACCCCAUGCGCCGCGACACCGUCACCGUGCCGUCCUUCAACCACGUCGUCCUGCGCUUCGCCGCCGAUAACCCGGGGCUCUGGGCGCUGCAUUGCCAUGUCGCGUGGCAUAUCGAAGGCGGCAUGUUUCUUACCUUAGCCGAGCGGCCAUCCGAUCUCGUUACGCUAGUUAAUCAGAUGGAUCCCGACACAAGACGUCAAAGCCAGGGCUUCUGCGGCGUGGCUACAUAA